AUGGAUCAUUUAUGUAGAGUAUGCGAGGAACGCGUAACAACCAACGGCUUCAAAAAUGCUCAAAAAUGUGAAUGGUUUAAUAGACCUGGUCAUUUCACUGGAACUUUUGAUGCUGUAAUUAAAAUUACUAGAAAUGAAGGAAUUCGUUCUUUAUGGAGUGGGUUAUCCCCCACAAUGCUCAGUGCUGUGCCUGCCACAGUUUUUUAUUUUACUUUAUAUGACAAUUUACAUAAUAUUUUACGUGAAAGGAUAGGAAAUAAAAGCUUUUUUGCUCCAUUAUUGGCUGGUUCAUUAGCUCGUGCAUCUUCUGUUACAAUUGUUUCUCCUUUAGAAUUAAUUCGAACAAAAAUGCAGUCAGAAAAACUUUCAUAUUUUGAAUUAAUAUCAGCAAUUUCGAGAACUAUCCGUUCUGACGGUUAUAGUGCUUUAUGGCGUGGUUGGACAGCCACAAUGUUACGUGAUAUUCCUUUUUCUGCUAUUUAUUGGACUUGUUAUGAAACUUUUAAACAACAAUCUUUAUUAUUUCUAAAUGUUGAAAGAAUUAAUUUUACUUAUAGUUUUUUGUUUGGAUCAUUAGCUGGAGCGAUAGCCUCAAUAAUAACAUUACCUUUUGAUGUUGUCAAAACACACCAACAAAUAACUUUAGGACAAACAAAUGAUAAAAAAAUAAAUCUUGAAAAUGAAAGAAUAUCUCCUUCCCCAAAAACAACAACAAGUAAAAAGGGUGUUUUCCCAAUAUUUAAAGAAUUAAUUAAAACAAAAGGAAUAAAAUCGUUAUUUACAGGGUUAGUUCCAAGAGUAGCACGUGUAGCUCCAGCAUGUGCUAUAAUGAUUGGAUCUUAUGAACAUUUUAAAACAUUUUUUGCUGAUAAAAAUAAAGAAAAUAUUGUAAUGGAGAGGAUAAAAUAG